AAACUUUUGUCUCGUAGGAAAGUAUAUCGAUGAACGCAAGCACCCCUGCGUAAACCAUCCAUAUUAUUUGACUAAUCAGUUCUAAAUCUUCUAGGCUAGACUGUAUAACCAGCCACUUAAAUUCAAGAAAGUAAUGUAGCACGUUGGUCACCCGAUGAUGCCUAAUGAGGAAUCUGUGUCUUCAGCAGCGUUUUCUUAGGUUGGUUCUGCUAUUAAAGUAAAAGCUGCUGCAAUUGUUGUGUUUGCAUCCUCAGGGAGAGCUGUUAGUUUGAUGUGCUUAACACGGGAAGAGGAUCAUUCGAAGAAAAAAAAUCCAUGAGCUACAGGUGCGAAUCAGACAAAUCAGAUUCAUUUAUUUCCGAGGAUUGACAUCAAACUAACUCCUAUCAAUUGUGUGUAAAAUUUUGGAGGCAAAGAAUAAAGUCAUGUUGUUAUUGGAUCACUGAAAACAAGCUGAUUUGAUCCGUUGAUUGGGGGGAUGCCACGGAUCAAGAUAACAGCAGGAAGGCUUCUGUGGUUUCUACUUCAUUGGAACAAAUGCAUUGGAAUCGAUGGACUGGUUUACUUGUUUAAGUCACUGCAAGGUCCAAGUGAAUAUGUCCAACGACGAGGCCAGGCUCCAGUUCACGGAUGGCAAGUUUAACUUGCACUGCAGUCCUUGCAAAAUAAAGUGCAGUUAUCAUAUCGAAAAGGAUGAAGACAUUGAUGUUACGACACCUACUGGCUCUAGUCUUCUUCAGCCCCCCAGUAUCAGUCAUUUGGUAUCUGAUUUGGGAAAGCUAGUUCCUUUUCCGGAUCUGUCUGAGCCAUCUGACACUGACCAAUCUAUAGGCGGCAGCAGCAGUAUUCAGGGGCUUUCAAGUGCCCUUGGUCAUAUUUGUUUGGGUACACCAGAUGGAGGUCAAAUGGGUACCAGUGCGACCACCCAGGAGGAAGGCAUUGAUGAGCUUAGUGAUAAGCAUGCUGGGUUCUUCAUUCAUCGCACAUUGAGCAGCUUGAAUUUAUCACUAGAAGAAACAGAGAAGCUAAAGGAGAAGUACGUAUUUGCCGAAACCAUGAGUAGAGAGGAUGCAUUGAAGAAGGUCAGGAAGAAACUUUUGCUGUGCAACAUUCAACAGAGGAAAUUCCCGCUCAAGAUGCCUAUGAAAGGAGCUGAUGUGUUUGUCUAUGAUGAAGAGUUGAGGCAGGUGUGUCGGCUUAGAAGGCCUGAGUAUUGUAUCGCUGAUCAGAAGUCUAAAAGGAUGGGGGAUCUACUCAUAUCUGUGAAGACUUGCUCAGCAAGGGAACAUCAGAACGCCUCCAAUUUCUUCAUUACAUGCCCCCAUGUCUUGUUAGUAAGGAAGACUUUGAAAAGUCUAUGAAGAAUUUGCGUGAGCUCACUACUGAGAUUACUACCCUGAUGGAGAUAAACAGACAUUCUCUGUACUUGACAGCAUUUCCGCAAGAUUUGACUAUUGGACCAGCUAUCUUAUAUGUUGAUGAGGAGGUAUUGGUGGAUUGCAACCUUGGAGGAUCAAGUGGGAAUCAAAUACCUUCUGACGUGGCGAGCAGGCAACAUCUCUUGCAUUAAAGUGCUCAGUUUCAAAAGAUCUUCUUGAUGAUCUGGAGAAAGCUAUUGAUAAAUUGGACCAGGAAGCACAUACUACACUGAACCAAAGACCUGUAGAACCUUGUGUAGUUUCCCGAGUUAGCACUAAAUGUGAAACAAAUAUUUUAAAAGGUAAAGUAUCUAUUAGAGCUCCUGAGGUGGUAAAAGGUCCAAAGAAGAAAAGAGAAGACGUACUUGAAAAGAAAGGGAAGAAAAAGAAGACUACAAACCAAAAAAAGGUACGUGGCUCCUUCAGUCCAAGGAGGAUAUACAAGUCUUUUAGCUGUCCUUCAUGAAGAUUCAUCAGCUGCUCGAAAAUUACAUUUUGAUGAAGUUUCAAAUUCUGCUACAUUUGAGCAAUAGUCAUAGUUUGAUAACUUUUAAAUAAACCACUGAACUGUAAUGUUCGAGUUGUACUGAUUCCGCGAUUCUAUAUUUUUCUGGACUUCACACAACUA